CGGUUCGUGCGGGAGCCACUGGGUUGAACUUGGCCAUCGGACUGUCUUGAAUCAGGACAGAGGACUUGAAAGAGUGUACUGUGUGCACGUGCUCAUCCAUCUCUUCGAUCAAUCAUAAUCAUGGCGGGAGGCGCGGCUCCAGAAGUUUUGAAGCAGCUGAGCGAUGCUGGACUCAACGGACCGCAGAUCCUUUACAACUUGAGCCCUCCUGAGCUGUACGAGCAGGCACUGAAGCACGAGAAGGGAUCAUUCAUUACAUCGACGGGAGCCAUCGCCACGCUUUCGGGCGCGAAGACCGGUCGUUCACCCAAGGACAAGCGCGUCGUCAAGGAUGAGACCACCGCACAGGAGCUCUGGUGGGGAGAAGGCUCGCCGAACAUCGAGAUUGACGAUGCAACUUUCCUGGUCAACAGGGAGCGUACGCUGAAUUACCUCAACUCCUUGGAAAAGGUGUUUGUGAACGAUCAGUUCCUUAACUGGGACAAGCAGAACCGCAUCAAGGUCCGCAUCGUCGCAGAGAGGGCUUACCACUCCCUCUUCAUGAGGAACAUGUGCAUUCGGCCGGAGGCGAGCGAGCUGGAGGGGUUCGUCCCAGAUUUCACCAUCUUCAACGCCGGCAAGUUCCCCGCCAACAAGCUGACCAAGUUCAUGACGACCUCCACUAGCGUGARCAUCAACCUGAAGAGGGCRGAGAUGGUCAUCCUGGGCACGCAGUACGCCGGGGAGAUGAAGAAGGGCCUGUUCGGACUGAUGCACUACCUGAUGCCCAAGCGGGGAAUCCUGUCCCUCCAUUCCGGAUGCAACACCUCGCCCGACGGUCAAGUCUCCGUCUUCUUCGGGCUCUCAGGAACCGGCAAGACAACGCUGUCGGCCGAUCCCCGUCGUCCUCUGAUCGGCGACGACGAGCACUGCUGGAGCGACAGCGGAAUUUCCAACAUCGAGGGAGGCUGCUAUGCCAAGUGCAUUGACCUCUCASYGGAAAAGGAGCCRGAUAUCUUCCACGCCAUCCGCUUCGGAACAGUGCUGGAGAACGUGGUCUACGAUGAGAAGACCAGAGUCGUGGACUAUGCCGACAAGUCGAUCACAGAGAAUACGAGGGCGUCCUACCCGAUCGAGCACAUUGCCAAUGCCAAGAUCCCAUGCGUGGGACCCCAUCCCAAGAACGUCAUUCUUUUGACGUGCGAUGCCUUUGGAGUGCUGCCACCCGUCAGCAAGCUCACGGAUGCCCAAGCCAUGUACCACUUCAUCAGCGGCUACACGGCUCUGGUUGCGGGAACUGAGGUGGGGAUCAAGGAGCCCAAGGCCACGUUCUCGGCUUGCUUCGGCGCCGCGUUCAUCAUGUACCACCCGACCAAGUACGCUGCCAUGUUGGCCGAGAAGAUGAAGCAGUAUGGGGCCACAGCAUGGCUCGUUAACACCGGAUGGGUCGGAGGCAGCUAUGGCGUUGGCUCCCGAAUGAAGCUGGCACAGACGAGGAAGAUUAUUGACGCUAUCCACGACGGUUCGCUCGAGGCUGCGAACUUCUCCACGACUCCCAUUUUCAACCUUCAAGUCCCGGACAAAGUCAGCGGUGUUCCCGAUGAGGUUCUGCGACCAAGGGAAAUGUGGGCGGACAAGGUCGCGUACGACGAGACCCUGACGAAGUUGGCAGGGCUGUUCAGUGACAACUUCAAGAAAUUCACCACGCACAGCGUGGGCGGCGACGAUGAGCUCACCAAGCGCAUCCUCGCAGCUGGCCCUCAGCUGUAGUUCCGAUUCAGCACCUCUUUUUGGGCUUCGCCUGUCGUCAUAUUCAUUGGGCUCUGUCGCAAUAACUGUUG